CCCCGGCCGUGACGUCACGGCAGCGCGCCGGCCGCGUCCCCUUGGGUCCUUGAGCCUGAGCUGACCGGGUAGCCAUGGCCUUCCGGCUCCUGAAACUGGCCCAGAGGUCCGCGUCCGCCCGGGUCCUGGCGGCGGGCGCCCAGCGCGUGAGAGGAAUUCAUAGCAGUGUGCAGUGCAAGCUGCGCUAUGGAAUGUGGCAUUUCCUAUUUGGGGAUAAAAUAAGCGAAAGACUGACAGAGCACAGCAGGGUGAUAACUGUAGAUGGCAAUAUAUGUACCGGAAAAGGCAGACUUGCAAAAGAAGUAGCAGAGAAACUAGGCUUCAAGCACUUUCCCGAAGCAGGGAUUCAUUAUGCAGACAGUACCACAGGAGAUGGGAAGCCCCUUGCCAUAGACUAUAGUGGCAAUCUUAGUUUGGAGAAAUUUUAUGAUGAUCCGAGAAGCAAUGAUGGCCACAGUUACCGCCUGCAGUCCUGGUUGUACAGCAGUCGCCUCCUGCAGUACUCGGAUGCCUUGGAGCACUUGCUGACCACAGGACAAGGUGUUGUAUUGGAGCGCUCCAUCUUCAGUGACUUUGUGUUCCUGGACGCGAUGUACAACCAGGGAUUCAUCCGAAAGCAGUGUGUGGACCACUACAACGAGGUGAAGAACGUCACCGCCUGCGAUUACCUGCCCCCGCACCUGGUGAUCUACAUCGAUGUGCCUGUUCCAGAGGUCCAGAGGAGGAUUCAGAAGAAAGGAGAUCCACAUGAAAUGAAGAUCACUUCUGCCUAUCUGCAGGACAUUGAGAAUGCCUAUAAGAAAACCUUCCUCCCUGAGAUGAGUGAAAAAUGUGAGAUUUUACAGUAUUCUGCAAGGGAAGCUGAAGAUUCAACAAGGGUGGUAGAGGACAUUGAAUACCUUAAGUUCGAGAAAGGGCCGUGGCUCCAGCAGGACGAUCGCUCUUUACACCACCUGCGAUUACGGGUUCAGGAUAAGUUUGAUGUGCUGAAUUACACAAGCAUUCCUAGCUAUCUCCCGGAAAUCACCAUUGGAGCUUAUCAGACUGACCGUGUCUUCCGUCAAUUCAGAGCGAGACAUCAGCAACAGUUCUCAUUGCAUUUCCUUCUGGAAGCAGCAUUGUGGGGAUACCUGGAGGUGAAUGAACAAAGCUCCUCUGGGAUUCACGUGCAGCUGUUUCAGAUCUGGGAAGCUGCCAGGCCGCAAGUACAGCCCUGGGUACAACACCGAGGUGGGAGACAAGUGGAUCUGGCUGAAGUGAACGGGCCGCCUUCCGCUCCAGCUGCGUCACGGCGACGGCCAAGCUGCACCAGCCGCACUCUCCUGGACGCCAUAUCGCUUUAAGAUCGGGGGAGGGUAAAUAAUGCAAAAAUUGCACAGUGGAAGAAGUGGUCUCACAAAAAGCAAUCCAUCCUGUAGUGUAGGUAAUGGAGUCGGGGGAAGCAGCUUCCUUUCUGGAUGUUUGGAACCCUGUAGCUUUGUUUUGGAAUGGCCCACCACUCUCACUGGAAAACAGUGGUCUGCUGUGAAAGGCCGGCUCUCGGCGGCCCCCGUGGUUUCAGUACUGCCCCUCUGUGUCAUUCAGGUUGUGUAUGUUGUUUUUCUUCCAACUUCCAGAAAUAAAAGCAUUUCCAUGGGA